UUAAUAUAUUUGUUACUGACACAGAAAGUAAGAAUUUUAUUAUCAUCAGAUGUAGCUUAUUUGCACACUGCAUCUAGAUGAUUUUGUUAAGCAUGUAUAGUGUUCAUAGCAGAGGGCUCUCUCAACUUGUUACAUUUUGCAGUUUGUUAACUGAUAAUAUUUUGUAGGCUUUGCAUACGUGCACCCCUCGAGCCUGAAACCACAUUUCAGCGUUAAGAAUUACAUUUUGUCAAGACAGAAAUCAUAGCGUUUACAUGUUAUCUGACUGUUCAAGCGUCUAAAAAACAAAAAAAGAAAAAGAAAAAAGUACUGUUUGGGAGUUUCUUUACUUCAGUCCUCCUCUGAGAUCCUAUUGGUGCCUGUAAGUUUGAGAACAAGAGCAUCUCCGUUCCCAUAGGCAAAGGACAAGAGGAUGAGAAAUAAAGAGGUGAAGUGUAAACACGAACGCGCUUAGAGAACAGCGAGCAAGAGAGUGAAGAGGAGAGAAAGAUCUAUCGAUUUAUCCAUACAAACUUUGACGAUGCUGCUGACAGACUGACGGCGAAAGACUCAUCUGAUCUCUUUACAGAAUGCAGGGAAUCAGCACGCGAGCUCACGCAAUUUCUGUGUAUGCCUCUGGGAAAAGUUGCAAGAAGAUGAAGGUGGAAAAUAUGAAGAAUGAGAAGUUUCAGUAUGUUUUGGAAUAUGACAGAGAUACACCGACAGGAACUGUCAUCGACCCACAGGAUCAGCGAAACGACAGGAAGAAAAAAAGCGUGAAGCUAAGAAAGCCUGCAGGGACAGAAUCUGAAGCUGCGAGAGAAGUUCGAGUAGAUCUUCAAGGAUCUGACCUGUGGAAGAGAUUUCAUGAGAUCGGCACAGAGAUGAUCAUCACGAAAGUUGGGAGGAGAAUGUUCCCCUCUGUCCGAGUCAAGGUGCACAAUCUGGAUCCCUUCCAGCAAUACUCCAUUGCCAUGGACAUCAUGCCUGUGGACUCAAAGAGAUACAGGUAUAUAUACCACAGCUCUCAAUGGAUGGUGGCUGGAAACACAGAUCAUUCAUGUAUCUCCCCUCAUCUGUAUGUCCACCCGGACUCGCCGUGUUCCGGAGAGAACUGGAUGAGACAGGUGAUUAGCUUUGAUCGUGUCAAACUCACCAACAAUGAGAUGGAUGACAAAGGCCAUAUAAUCCUGAAGUCUAUGCACAAGUACAAGCCACGCAUACACGUUAUUCUGCAUAGUCCUCUUGAAUGCGUGUCACAGACUCUACUAUCACUGCCAACAGAGGGUGUGUACACCUUCUCCUUCCCUGAGACUCAGUUCACCACUGUCACAGCCUACCAAAACCAACAGAUAACAAAACUGAAGAUUGACAGGAAUCCUUUUGCCAAGGGCUUCAGGGAACGAAAUGGGGGUGUGUUGGGUGGGAUUCUGGAGUCAUACUCAUGGCACAGUCCCUUUAACCUCGAUUUCAAAUCUUUUGCUAUGGAGCUACAAGGCAGAUGUUAUGGAUCUUCAGCAAGCUUCGAUAUCACCUCAUCAAUGACAUCCUUCCUGCCCAGCUCCUUUGCUCAAGCAGUCCAUCCUAUCACAUUCUCAAGCCCUCAAUGCUGCAAGAUUUUCCCUUCAAACAGUUUUCAAACAUACAGAGCCUAUUGCAACAUUUGCCUGGGCAAACUUAAUAGUUACACUGGCUUGCGACCCAUGUUAGACCUUCCCUUCAUGACUAAUAAAAAGAAAGGAGACAUCUGUAGGAGUCACUGGCUCCAUGAUUCCACCACCACAAGUACUUCUGUGCAUCCUAUCCAUAACAUUUCGGCUGGAUGGACCUCUGGACACUAUCAAUCUAAAAAUGAAAAUAUGGCAUCAGCCUUUGUGUCACCCUACAGCUACAGUUUCCCCAUGAGGCACCAAUUCUCUACUGUUGCUCAUUUAAAACUGGCUCAUGGUGAGAGCCCUGUUCACCAAAUGCCCAUGAUCUCCUCAAACUGUUACUGUCCCUGACUCCAAACCUGUCAAAACCCAUACUCUAGAACUGCAAGCCCAGUUGUCUAAAUUAGAAAAAAAAAAAAAAGUUCAUAAAACUCAAAACAGUGAAACAAUUCAGAUUACUUAAAAUGUGUCAGUUUUGUGAAAAACUGAAAAGAAAGUUCUAAAUACUCAUAAAAGUUAAUUUGAUUGAACUAAUUUGUUUAAUUCAAGUUUACCCUACUCAAGCCAAUUAUUUUGAGCAUUAGGGUUUACAGUGCUACUUGUAUUUACUGUAAAUAGGUGCAAUUUUUCUGUAUCUGCCCUCUUAUACCAAAUGUACCAAAAUGAAACAAAAACUAUUUACCCCCUUUUAAUAAAUGUGACCCUGGAUCACAAAACCA